CUAGAAAUUUUGAGAAUCCCUUCCGCCGCCCAACCUUAGAACGCAGUAUUCCGUCAUCGAGCAGGUCGCUUGCCGACGAGUGGAGUCUCCUCUACUGGCCCCUCUCUUUUCUUCCUUUCUUCGAAGUCCAUCUAUCCCGCAAUGGCUCAUCGCAUAAUAACACAAGUCGUCUUCUCCGGCGCCCGAAUAAUAGGACGCGCCGUCGCCGAGUCCUAUCGUCAAGCCGCCGCAACGCAGAAAUAUGCUGCCGCCAACCAGAAGAGUGGAGGCGGCUUUACCUCGUCAAACAUCACCAUGGAGGAAGCGUGCAAGAUCCUCAAUGUCGGGCCGUCAAAGAUGGGGCAAAUAGACAUCGAAUUUGUUACGGAGCGGUUCAAGCGGUUAUUUGACCUCAACGAUCCGAAGAAGGGCGGUAGCUUCUACCUACAGAGCAAGAUAUUGCGGGCAAGGGAGCGCAUUGAACGGGAAGUACGGGGAUACCAGCAGAUGGCAGAAAGAGAGAGUGAGCUGCGGGAAGGAUUCAAGCCGAAAUGGACUAAGGAGGAAUGAAGCAUCCAUUGCGCAGACGAUCGCA